AUGAAUGAAACAAAACUUGACGAAGCUUCGGAAAAAACGAGUCUGUUCCACUCUACAAGAAACAGCGGAGCCGGCGGAGGUAACGUCGGUCCUAGCCGCGAUACAUGGAGGGCAACGACGAGCCGACUGUUUCUUCAUCACCAUCACCGUCAGCAACAGGUUCGAUUCAAAUCGCAUCACCACCUCUAUCGCCAACAUCAUUACCACCACCUCCAUCAGAAGCAGAAUAAACAGCGCCAGUCGGGUAGCCCGCCGAAACAGCAAACCACGCAACAAUCACAACGUUGCAAUGCCGAUCAAAUGUCUACUGUUCACCAACAGCACAAACAAAUUCUACUGCAUCACCACCAACCGCAGUCCCCUAACCAGCAGCGAUCAUGCCAACCGAGCCACCCCCAUCCACCACAUCUGCACCCUCGCCUCCAUGUCCAUCGUCCUCACUCCCCACUCACACCGCAAAAACAGAAAAGAAAAAAACAGCAUUUACAGUUAACCUACGGUAGUCGUCGAGAGGGUUCCUCAGCGAACGUUCCUGGGGAGGAGUGCUCUACCGUUCAGCCUAGACUAUCACUAAACCGUCCACCACCUGUUGCGACUUUUCUUGGGGCGACGUCCGAGUGCCCCUACUGCGGUGCCGGAGGGGGCCACUUACAGCAGAGCCAGUACCAACACCCAUAUACGCAACAUUACCAACACCAGCACCCUCUCAGGACAGGAGUACCAGCGAUUGCCCGCAGGAACCAAGCACAAGCUAGUAGGGACACUGAGGGCGCCACUCCAACGGCAUCGGGUGGGACAAGCGUUCAACAUUGCUGCGGUGGGGCCCAUCUUCCACCUACCCCAACAGGUUCUGGCGUUGUUAUUACAACAACUCCACUCUCAGAGUGUAAACAUCUUCCAGCCAUAAGCGAUGACCAUAUCGUAUUUCUUUGGGAUUCUAAUUACUGCCGGUCUUUCCAUGGUAUCGUUCGAAUUCUUCAAGUGGUAAGUUGGCUUUCUUAA